UACACGCAUCAACCAGUCAAGGCAAAUAUUUAAAUAGUAGGUUAACGGUUAAUUAGUUAGGUAAGCAAUUCGAAAGUGGCCUGGCUGUGAGAAUUUGAUACACGGACAGGUAACUCAAGCAUCGCAGAUUUUCUGUGUUUCCAGUCCAUAUAUAAAUUCUAAUCGGCAGUCAUCAGUCACCACAAAACCUGACAUAUUCUGGUUUGGACACCGGCGCGGGCAAGAUCAUCAAAGCGGAUUAAUAUGUCACUCACUUCUAUCCUUUCCGCGGAGGCUAUUGAGAAUGCCGUCAAGGAGUGCCAAGCCCCAGACUCCUUCAGCUUUAAGAAGUUUUCCCAGCUGUGUGGCCUGACCUCCAAGUCUCCCAAAGAAGUCCAAGAUGUCUUCCAGAUCCUUGACGAGGACAACAGUGGCUUCAUCGAGGAGUCAGAGCUCAAGUUCUUCCUGCAGCGGUUUGUCCCCGGGGCGCGGACGCUGACGGAUGCUGAGUGCAAAGGCUUCCUGUCUGCAGCUGAUGAUGACAACGAUGGCAAAAUCGGAGUAGAAGAAUUCCUGAUCAUGGUCCAGUCCUGAGAAUUCCAUGGGAUCCGGGAGAGCAGCAGGUGUUCAUUCUCCUCUCCUUCCUCCAGCCUCAGCCUCCAACUUCCAGACUGCAGUCAACUUCCUCAAGCCUCCAGCAGCCUCCAUUCCCAGGAAUAUGUUUUUCUUUGUCCUUGUGCUUGAAUUGUGCCCUUAAAUUGUUUUGUUUUUCUUUCAGAGCCCCUCUCUUAUUCAUCAAUGAAACCAUUUUUACUUGCCCUUUGAUUACGUUCGAGGAGGUUGUAUAGCUGCGUCGCCCCAUAUUUCCUUCCAAUGCACACUACAUUGUCGAUCAAAAAGAUGAAUAAACACAUUGUAACUUA